GUUUCUCCUAUAUUUUCUCAUCAUCAACCCCUGCCUUUUUCCUGCAUUUUUCCCUUCAAUCCAACCUGUAUCUUCCCUGUUCUUUUGUCAAGAAAAUCUAGUUUUUUUGUUUUUUGUUUUUUGUUUGUUUCUGUCCUACUCUCCGAAACCCCAAUCCCACCCUCCAUUUUUAAGCAUCAUCUCCUUAAUCUCUAUUUUCUCCUGCCUUUCUCCCAUGGGCAAUUGUUGCCCUCGAGGCAACACAGCCCCUGAUGAACCCCUUGAUGAUCAAAAGGGCGGUGUCUCCACUUCUGGCAAUAAUAAUAAUGCUCCUAGUACCCACAAACUGGAGUCCUCCACUCGGGCUAUACCUCCUUCAGCCUCCCCCGCACGAACUGACAAGAAAUCCAAAGCAGCACAAAAUGGCCCUGUAUUAGGCCGGCCCAUGGAGGAUGUCAAGUCUAUGUACAGCUUCGGAAAGGAGCUAGGUCGGGGGCAAUUUGGUGUAACGCAUUUGGUGACUCAUAGGCAAAUAGGAGAGCAGUUCGCGUGCAAAACCAUUGCAAAAAGAAAGCUUGUGAAUAAAGAGGAUAUUGAAGAUGUUAGAAGAGAAGUUCAGAUCAUGCACCAUCUAACAGGUCAACCUAACAUUGUGGAGCUUAAGGGUGCGUAUGAGGACAAGCACUCGGUGCAUUUGAUUAUGGAGCUUUGUGCUGGUGGGGAGCUCUUUGAUCGUAUCAUUGCCAAGGGCCAUUUCUCUGAACGUGCUGCUGCUUCGUUGCUUAGGACCAUCGUUCAAAUCGUCCAUACUUGUCAUUCCAUGGGUGUCAUUCAUCGUGAUCUCAAACCCGAGAACUUCCUUCUCUUGAGUAAAGAUGAGAACUCCCCCCUCAAAGCCACCGAUUUCGGUCUGUCAGUCUUUUACAAAUCAGGGGAUACCUUCAAGGACAUUGUUGGGAGUGCAUACUACAUUGCACCAGAAGUUUUGAAGAGAAAAUAUGGACCUGAAGUAGAUAUAUGGAGUGUUGGUGUCAUGCUAUACAUUCUAUUGUGUGGAGUUCCACCCUUUUGGGCAGAAACCGAACAUGGUAUAUUCAAUGCAAUUUUAAGGGGUCAUAUCGACUUCACAACUGAUCCUUGGCCUUCACUUUCACCCCAAGCAAAAGAUCUUGUCAGGAGAAUGUUGAACUCUGAUCCUAAACAAAGGCUUACAGCUUAUCAAGUUCUAAAUCAUCCAUGGAUUAAGGAGGAUGGAGAAGCUCCUGAUACUCCCCUUGACAAUGCCGUACUAGAUAGGUUAAAACAAUUUAGAGCAAUGAACAAGUUUAAAAAAGUUGCUCUACGGGUUAUCGCGGGGUGCCUAUCGGAGGAAGAAAUCAUGGGACUAAAAGAGAUGUUUAAGAGCAUGGACACUGAUAACAGCGGGACUAUAACUCUCGAAGAGCUAAAGCAAGGCAUGUCAAAACAAGGGACCAAGUUAUCUGAAAUGGAGGUCAAGCAAUUGAUGGAAGCUGCGGAUGCAGAUGGAAAUGGAACUAUAGACUAUGAAGAGUUUAUCACCGCAACAAUGCAUAUGAACAGAAUGGAUAGAGAAGAACAUUUGUAUACAGCAUUCCAGUAUUUUGACAAAGACAAUAGCGGGUAUAUCACAAUUGAAGAGCUAGAGCAAGCUCUACAAGAGUUUGGCAUGCAUGAUGGAAGGGACAUAAAGGAAAUAGUAUCAGAAGUGGAUGGUGAUAAUGAUGGCCGUAUCAACUACGAUGAGUUUGUAGCUAUGAUGAAGAAAGGAAAUCCCGAGGUAGGAGGAAACUUGAAGAAGAGACGCAGUAUGGCCAUAUAAACGACUUCAUAAAUCCCGGGUGAAGGGAGGGCUAAGAUCAUUGUACUAGAUAAACAUGUGAGCUUUCUUUUGGGGGAGUGUUACUUCGAAUCAUAUCAUUAGGGUGCUUAUUCUAUUUAUUUUCUUUUGUACUUUAUUUUAUUUCUUGUGCAAAGUGUAAACUCGCGUAAUCCACCUCAUUUGUAAUUAAUGCUUAGGAUUAGUUUCUUUUAUAUCCUUAUUAUUCGUUUCGUUGAA